ACGUUUAAAUUUCUUGCAACAUUUAUAGACUCCUGCCAGAAAUUCUACCAUGCAGAGCUAGAACAACUUGACUUCUCUAGAGCUGCAGAAGAUUCCAGAAAACAUAUAAAUGCCUGGGUAGAAGAAAAAACUGAAGGUAAAAUCCAGAAUCUGUUGGCUCAGGGUGUUAUUGAUUCAAUGACCAGACUAGUCUUGGUGAAUGCCGUCUACUUCAAAGGCAACUGGGCGACCCAAUUCAACAAAGAUCGCACAGUGAAAGGGGAAUUUAAAAUUAACAAGCAUGAGACCAAACCAGUGCAGAUGAUGUUCAAGAAAGCUAAAUUUAACAUGAGCUACAUAGUAGACUUUCAGACCAAAAUCCUUGACCUCCCUUAUGUUGAUAAUGAGACUAGUAUGAUCAUCCUGCUUCCUGAUAAAAUCCAAGAUAAUUCCACUGGCCUGGAACAGCUGGAAAGAGAACUUACCUAUGAGAAAUUUAUAGAGUGGAUAAAUCCAGAAAUGAUGGACAAUAGUGAAGUGGAGGUGUGUUUACCCAGAUUUAAGUUGGAGCAAGCUUAUGAUCUGAAGCCUGUUCUGAAGAGCAUGGGAAUGGCUGAUGCAUUUGACGGAAACAAGGUGGAUUUAUCUGGAAUGUCAGCCAGCAAUGACCUAGUUCUGUCUGAGGUUGUUCACAAGUCCUUUGUGGAGGUAAACGAAGAAGGCACAGAGGCAGCAGCUGCUACUGCAGCAGUGAUCAAUAUGCGAUGUGCACUGAUUGUACCACGGUUCACUGCUGACCAUCCUUUCCUCUUUUUUAUCCGGCACAACAAAACUGGCAACAUUCUGUUCUAUGGCAGAUUUUGUUCCCCCUAAAAAGAAAAAAUGCAGCCAUUAACACAGUAAAGUUAUUUCCAUUUUACUAUCUUGGGAUUUUUUUUUGUACUCUAAGCAACAAGCUUUGUAUAGAUGCUGUACAUUACAUGGUGCAACCCUAAACACCCUUCUCUCUUGUGCCUGAAACAGCUUUUUGUAGUCCUCUAUUCAAAUUUAAGCAAUAGUUUUUUAAAUAACAGGAUCAUUUAAUAUCUUUUCCAAGU